AGGAAAAAAUCAACUUCUGCAGAGCACGACACACUGAAGAAUUUUGAAACAGAUAUCCUCGAUUUAAAGACAAUGGCUUGUGACAAAAUGACUCAUAUUCUCUUUCUAAAUUUGCUGCUUGCAGCUGUGCUAUGGACAACAGGUAAGAAGCAGGGCAGGAGCCAGAAGUGGCGAGAAUAUAAACUAGAGAAUUCGGGGAAUGAAAAGGCAUAAUGAGGUGUCUAUUAUUCCGUAAUUGCAUCUCGAAAAGUUGCCCUAUUCCAUCUGUUAUUCUGACCACAAAAAGGGCAUUAUUUCAUUAUUCCAACUCGACAAUUUCCGUUAUUCCAUAAUUCGAACGCGAACAUUUCCAUUAUUCCUAUUGCAUGAAAAUAAAUUUUCGAGUUCAAGAAUGACGUAGUAAACAAAGAUCAAAACAUACCUCCUCAUAAAUGAAAUACUUUUAAUAUCCUUAAAAGAUAUAGGUUACAGAUUCGAAAAUAGAACAACGUAUUGGAGCGUUUUCAAGAGGAAAGUUAAGAAAGUUUUUGAUCUUGCAAGAUUUGUUUUCCUAGUCUGAAAAAUUUUAGCUGGGAGAACUUUGUGCGUGAUAUGCAAAUUUUGCCUUUCCGCGUCAUUGACUGGUUUGAUUAACUUAAUGAUGAGGUUUAUGGUUCUGAACAUUUUUUUAGGUGUUUUAAUGAACACGCAUCAAUUAACCAAACAAUGGUUCGUGGCAAUCAGGUGCCUUACAUGACGGAACAGUGUCAACGGACAGCAAAGCAUGUACUGGUUUGAAAAAUCUCGCCUACGGAAACGAUCGAUCUGCGACCGCUGUCAUGUUGAUAUCGGUUGCUCACGAGUUCGGGGCGGAAGUGCGUAUAUGUCUCAGUGAACGAGUGAUAGAUUUGCAUGUCGAGGUGUCCGAAAUACUUGCCUUCUAAGCUACGCGUAUCGACAAGUAAAAAACAUAUGAGGAUCUAAGUCUGUGUAGCUUGAACAAUACAAAACCGUUUUUCACAGAAGUUUUCUGACAAAGGUCAUGGAAGAGCCACCUCGGUGUUGUUGAAAAUAAUUGUUUGGUUAAAUUUUAUCCUUGGCUUAAUUCCCUUUGUUUCAAACUAAUUAUCAAGCAUCAACAAACCAAAAACAGGAAACUAAGUUUGAAACCUAGCAGGACAAAAUUUAACUACAAGAAAAAUUACACCAACCCAACCAAAAAAUGUUCCUGUAACAAGAAGGAUUCAUGAGACGUAGAACGCAUGCACGUGAAUGUCGUCGAGCUCAAAAUCACAGGAUACCCAUACAACACACCAAACACAGGGACCCUGUCCAAUACGCUCACAACAGGUUUCUUCAUUGCUACAUUUCUAGUAUUUGUUUCUUCUCUAAUUGGACUCCGCCUGUGCUUUACUGAAUUUCUUUUCAGAGAAUCGCCAAUUUUAUCUCUUUUCCUUGAGUUUUUUUUUUAGCGGGGUUUGAAUGGUCAACUGCUUAGCGUUCCCCUCCACACAUGCCGGUAUUGGCCCAGUGAUGUGAACACUCCAUAGCACGGUCGUAGCAGAGAGAGGCGUCAAAUUGGUUUGCAACGAAAGUACUGUACAGCCACUCGAUACCACCUUAAAGUGGACGUUUAACACCCGCAAGAUGAAACAUAACGGAUACAGGAAUAUCAAAAUAGUCUGGCGUCCAGAAAGACAGGCAUUUUAUUCUCUAAAUUCGCGCCAUACUGAAUACAUUAACGUUUAUCAUUCUGGUUUUUGAUUGCUGAAUUCCUCUCCACAGAUGCCAGUACCUUCCCAGUAAUGUAUUCACUCAGUAGUACAGUCACCGCAGUGAGAGGCUCCGACGUUAAAUUGGUUUGCAAGGGACUUAAUGUACCACCACUCGAUACAGAUUUUAUGUGGAAGUUUAACAACGAGACAGUAGAGAAUAAAGAAAACAGGAAUAUCAAACUAAUCUGGCGUGCAAAAAAACGGGCAAAGUAUUCUCUAGAUAUCUUAAAUGUAUCAGAGAAAGAUGUCGGUGACUAUCGCUGCAUUGCCCAAGUUUAUAACUUUCACAAAAUCGACAAAGCCGAAGCUUCAAUAAAGCUGCGUUUAUAUAAAAGCAGUAAGUAUAACUUUUUUACCUUCGCUAAAUUUAUAAGUAAGAGCAAAUUUUGUGUAAAUGUAAAGUGUAUUAGUUCUUUGUUUUUGGUAGAAGAGCAACCUCUUGAGACUAGACUAUGUUUAAAGUGGUCGUUUGCAAGAGUUUGAAGACAGUUUUUUAAAAUAAACGUUAUCCAAAGAGAGGCCGAUGAAUGUUCAAUUAAGACUUGACCGGGAUCAGAAACACAAAACCGUGCAUUAAAGUAUCUGAUACCCAGGUGGGCCCAGUUGUUCAAAGGUCGACUAACACUUAACCCAGGGUUAAAUUUGACCCGAGUUUCUUUUUCUUUGUGGUUGAAAAGCAUAUUCUCGGAUAAUUUUCCCUGUUAUUUUUAAGAACAUCCAAUCAUCAACUUGUUGACAAAAAGAAUUAAGCUAAAGUUACUUUUUAAGCUUUCAUAUCUGAAUUCAAAUUUUGCACUAACCCUGGGUUAUCUUAACCCAGCUUUGAACAACCUGGCCCAAGAUAAUAACGUUCAAAAUCCUCUUUGUUUAUUCAAUGAAGUUGUUAGAGAGCUCUACUCCUUCCCUAAGCUAACAUUGACACUUCCUUCUCACUAAGGGCAAAANCAAAAUCGACAAAGCCGAAGCUUCAAUAAAGCUGCGUUUAUAUAAAAGCAGUAAGUAUAACUUUUUUACCUUCGCUAAAUUUAUAAGUAAGAGCAAAUUUUGUGUAAAUGUAAAGUGUAUUAGUUCUUUGUUUUUGGUAGAAGAGCAACCUCUUGAGACUAGACUAUGUUUAAAGUGGUCGUUUGCAAGAGUUUGAAGACAGUUUUUUAAAAUAAAAGUUAUCCAAAGAGAGGCCGAUGAAUGUUCAAUUAAGACUUGACCGGGAUCAGAAACACAAAACCGUGCAUUAAAGUAUCUGAUACCCAGGUGGGCCCAGUUGUUCAAAGGUCGACUAACACUUAACCCAGGGUUAAAUUUGACCCGAGUUUCUUUUUCUUUGUGGUUGAAAAGCAUAUUCUCGGAUAAUUUUCCCUGUUAUUUUUAAGAACAUCCAAUCAUCAACUUGUUGACAAAAAGAAUUAAGCUAAAGUUACUUUUUAAGCUUUCAUAUCUGAAUUCAAAUUUUGCACUAACCCUGGGUUAUCUUAACCCAGCUUUGAACAACCUGGCCCAAGAUAAUAACGUUCAAAAUCCUCUUUGUUUAUUCAAUGAAGUUGUUAGAGAGCUCUACUCCUUCCCUAAGCUAACAUUGACACUUCCUUCUCACUAAGGGCAAAAUGAUGGCUUAGGGGAGGGGUAGGUGGGCAGUUUCUCAGAAACCUCAAUUCUUCCUACUUUCUUACAGUACUGGACCUCACAGCAUCGCCACCAAAUGUCAUCAUUGAAGAAGGGCGCACUGCGUCACUGCAAUGUGCAGUCAUAUGCUCAGAAGCAAUGGACGUUUGGACGUUCUGGCUUUUCAACGGCAAAAUGAUCGAGGCCAGACCAUUUCAUACAGGAAACGAGCAUGAUUUAAGUAACACAGUCACAAACAUCUCAACGCUGGUACUAAAGAAUGCUAUGCUAUCACAGACUGGCGUAUACACGUGCGGUGCUAAUUCAACUGGCGUUAUAAAAACACAGAACAUAACCGUGACAGUGAAAGACUUGGAAGGUCCAGCUCUAGUGCAAACCAAAUCGAAUAUAGACGCUGUUGACGGCGAAAAUAUAACGCUAAGUUGCAAUGCAGUUUACCCGGAAGCGUUUUUUGUCGACACGUUUUGGAUUUUUAACGGCAGCCGGAUAAACAGUAACGACAAGUAUAAAGAAAAAAACACUUCCCCUUGGUUGGAACAAUCAGAACGGAGCGUAAAGAGAAUGAAGAUUGGAUUGACUAUUUAUAACGUUGGACUGAACGACAGCGGCGAGUAUAUAUGUGCUCUUAACACCUCACUUAGUUUACAGCUGAUAAACGUCAGUGUUAAGGUCAGGAGGAGACUAGGUAAGCACUUGAUCUUUCCUAAAAGUGUUCUUAAAGGGAACCAAUCACGUUGGAGCCACCAUUAGUAACAGUGUAUUUACUAGUAAUAACCAAAGGAUAAGGACUAGUGCGGGCGACAACGAUCGGAGGUCUAAACGCAGUCAAACUCUUUUGCUCAAACGCUUUGCUUUUGCGUAAGUUUCACUUGACAGAUGGUCAAAACAGGCGUGAUCAGUUUACUCGGGGAAGAAGGUCGAAACGAGCGUGAUCAAAUUGCGUUUUGUUCAUUCAAUUCAUUCUUACUGCUCUCUCCUCCGCAGAGCCCUCUUUGUAUCGCAGGGAGGGCUGGAGAGAGGGGAAAAGAAAGCGCGCGGGGACGUCCCCCGCGCGCUUUCUGUUUUUCGAUUUUAUUGGGAUGCCCAGUGGGAGCCUAUGCGGAAGAGAGAGUUCUUAGCGGAAGUCUAAACGAAUGCUGGCCACAUACAUGCGACGCAUGCGUAUUAAAAAACAACCUGGAGAUUAGGAUUGGGGGUUCCUAUCGUCGCCCGGAAUUAUUUUUUUGGGCUAUUUAUAGAUUCAACUUUUGCAACAAAAAGCUCUUAGCUAAUCCAAGAAGUCCAACUUUUUUAGUAAGGGGAAUAAGACAGGCUAAGUAUCCAGUGAAAAAGUUUAACUAGUUAAGGUACCUUAAAACCGAAGAAGAAGGAGAGUCUGUUUUAAAGCAUCGUCUGUCAUUUUGGAUUGUGAAGACCUUUGUCGCGUGAACAGGAGCUAAUUUUGAAAGAAUGAAAGAUGGUAAAUUUUAAGCUUGGUGAACAAAUGUAAAGAUGACAUAAUCGGCAUGUAACGAGCCUGGGACAAAGAAGAAAAUCUGAGUCCCAGACAGGACUCGACCCUAUGACCUCCCAAACACCGGGCGGGCGCUCUAUCCACUGAGCUACGGAGAACUCAUGGAGAGAGAGGCCAUAUACUGGGUUCAAAAAAGAGGAAACGAGUUGAAGACUAACUCGCUGUGAAACUAAUGGUACACGAUCGACGCUUCGAUCCUGGGUGAUGGGCUCUUGAUCCCUUUAAAAAAGAUACAUUUUUUUUACUAAUAACCUUUUUGGAAACGAAACAGCCCUACAUUUUCUUAGGCCAGUUGAAGGGUACAGGAGGAGUUAAACUGCAUACUCUGUUUAAAGCCAUACUGUAGCUAGACUGAUUUGUGUGGGAAAAAGGCAUGGUACAGUGGACUCCCGAUAACUCGAACCUUCAAGAGAAAUCGAAAAAAGUUCGAGUUAUCGGGAGUUCGAGUUAUUGGGAGCUCGAAGAAAAUAGCCGGGAGUAAGGAAAAAAAAAAGAUUUUCACUGCACAGUGAACAUUUUAAUGUUAAGUGAAAAUUUAAAGAUACUUCUAAAUCAGAACCUGAACGUAACGUAACAAAACAUUGCCUAAACAGAGCAUGCGUUUUACUGUUUUGAGAAGAAAAGCUGUUUCAGGCUAGAUUUGUGACAAACAACAUCAGCCUCCACUAGUAAACUAUAUGCCUACAACAAGUCAAUGGGAAAUUAAAAAUUCAAUGUUUCGGUCGCCAGUACACUGUUUUUUCCCGACUUUUUAAGAGUUCAAAACAUGGUUCGAGUUAUGGAGGGUAAAAUUAUAUAGAAAUCGGAUUUGAGGGGAAACAAAAAUUACUUCGAGUUAGCAGGAGGCUCCAUUUUGUGAGGGUUUGAGUUAUCGGGAGUCAACUAUACUUAAAAAGUCCUAAUUAAUUUUCUACUUGCAUGAAUAUUGACGUUUUAGGCACCGAAAUUCCUCCGGAUUUGAGUUCGUCUACUAAAGGGGACAAUGGGAAUGGAGAUGUGCUUCAAACCAGUCUGUGUAUUGGUCUGGGUGUCUUUGGGGGAUUAUUUAUGAUCAUAAUGGUUUCUUUGACGCUAUGGAGAAGGUCAAGACCUAGACCUCCACAAUCAAGUAAGCAAAUAAUGAGAUAG